CCAACUGAGGGGAAGAGAAGAGAAAGAGGGGGAAAGGAGGACCGAAGAGGAGGAGGAGGGGAGGGGGAGGAGGAGGAGGUGGAGGAGGAGGAGGAAGAUCAGGAGGAGGAGGAAGAAGAGGAAAAAAGAGAAAAAGAAGAAAUAUCACAGGAAAAAAAAAAACUCUUCGUUGUCUUGCCUGGGCUUUUUUUUUUCCCCUAAAAAUAACAUUUUGGAGAAUUGGGAGAAGUCUCCUUGGUUUGGAAAAAAAAUAAGGAAUCUUCAGCCUAGAUCACUUUCUUAUCCGGACUGGGAUAUUAAAUAUACGACACAUCCAGGAGUUUAUUGGAGCGCAGACUGAUGGCGCAAAGGUACGAUGAGCUGCCCCAUUACGGCGGGAUGGACGGAGUAGGGGUGCCUGCUUCCAUGUAUGGAGACCCUCACGCGCCUCGGCCGAUCCCCCCGGUUCACCACUUGAACCACGGGCCGCCGCUCCACGCCACGCAGCACUACGGCGCUCACGCCCCGCACCCCAAUGUCAUGCCGGCCAGCAUGGGAUCCGCUGUCAAUGACGCCUUGAAGCGGGACAAGGAUGCGAUCUACGGGCACCCGUUGUUUCCUCUGUUAGCUCUGGUCUUUGAGAAGUGCGAGCUGGCGACCUGCACUCCCCGGGAACCCGGAGUGGCUGGCGGAGACGUCUGCUCCUCCGACUCCUUCAACGAGGACAUCGCGGUCUUCGCCAAGCAGGUUCGCGCCGAAAAGCCACUUUUCUCCUCAAACCCAGAGUUGGACAAUUUGAUGAUACAAGCAAUACAGGUCCUAAGGUUCCAUCUUUUGGAGUUAGAAAAGGUCCACGAACUGUGUGAUAACUUCUGCCACCGGUACAUUAGCUGUUUGAAGGGGAAAAUGCCUAUAGAUCUCGUCAUUGAUGAAAGAGACGGCAGCUCCAAGUCAGAUCACGAAGAACUUUCAGGCUCCUCCACAAAUCUUGCUGACCAUAAUCCUGCAUCUUGGCGAGACCACGAUGAUGCAACCUCCACCCACUCAGCAGGCACCCCGGGGCCCUCAAGUGGGGGCCAUGCAUCCCAGAGUGGAGACAACAGCAGUGAGCAAGGGGAUGGUUUAGACAACAGUGUAGCUUCACCUGGCACAGGUGACGAUGACGAUCCAGACAAGGACAAAAAACGCCAGAAGAAAAGAGGCAUUUUCCCCAAAGUAGCAACAAAUAUCAUGAGGGCGUGGCUCUUCCAGCAUCUCACACAUCCGUACCCUUCCGAAGAGCAGAAGAAACAGUUAGCGCAAGACACAGGACUUACAAUCCUCCAAGUAAACAACUGGUUUAUUAACGCCCGAAGAAGAAUAGUCCAGCCCAUGAUCGACCAGUCAAAUCGAGCAGGUUUUCUUCUUGAUCCUUCAGUGAGCCAAGGAGCAGCAUAUAGUCCAGAGGGUCAGCCCAUGGGGAGCUUUGUGUUGGAUGGUCAGCAACACAUGGGAAUCCGGCCUGCAGGUUUGCAGAGCAUGCCAGGGGAGUACGUUUCUCAGGGUGGUCCUAUGGGAAUGAGUAUGGCACAGCCAAGUUACACUCCUCCCCAGAUGACCCCACACCCUACUCAAUUAAGACAUGGACCCUCAAUGCAUUCAUAUUUGCCAAGCCAUCCCCACCACCCAGCCAUGAUGAUGCACGGAGGACCCCCUACCCACCCUGGAAUGACUAUGUCAGCACAGAGUCCCACAGUGUUAAAUUCUGUAGAUCCCAAUGUUGGCGGACAGGUCAUGGACAUUCACGCCCAGUAGUAGAAGGGAACUCAAGGGAAAAGGAAACACACGCAAAAACUACGUUAAGACUUUCUGAACUUUGACCAGAUGUUGACACUCAAUAUGAAAUUCCAGACAGCUGUGAUUAUUUUUUACUUUUUGUCAUUUUUUUCAUCAAGCAACAGAGGACCAAUGAGACAAGAACACAAAUGUGAAAUCAUGGGCUCACUGAGACAAUUCUGUCCAUGUCAAGAUCCUCUGGAAAGAGACUCCGAGAGUUAUAACUACUGUAGUAUAAAGAUAGGAACUAAGUUAAACUUGUACAUUUCUGUUGAUCACUCCGUUAUGUUGCCUCAAAUAGUUUUAGAAGAGAAAAAAAAUAUAUCCUUGUUUUCCACACUAUGUGUGUUGUUCCCAAAAGAAUGACUGUCUUGGUUCAUCAGUGAAUUCACUAUCCAGGAGAGACUGUGGUAUAUUUUGAACCUGUUGGGCCAAUGAGAAAAGAACCCACGCUGGAGACCACGGUGAACGUUUGGCUGAACCUCAUCCCUCGGACUCCGGCUUCAAGAAUGUGUUUUCAUGCCCGGCCUUUGUUCCUCCAUAAAUGUGUCCUUUAGUUUCAAACAGAUCUUUAUAGUUUGUGCUUCAUAAGCCAAUUCUUCUUAUUAUUUUGGGGGACUCUUCUUCAAAGAGCUUGCCAAUGAAGAUUUAAAGAGAGCGGGAGCUUCUUCCAGGAGUUCUAAGCCUUGGCUGUGGACAAAACAAUCUUAAGUUGGGCAGCUUUCCUCAACACAAAAAAAGUUACUAAUGGUCAUAGCACCACGACUAGGACUUUAUCAGAAACUCAAAGCUUGGGGGAUUAAAAAGAAGCAAGAGAAUACUGUAACAAACUUCGUACAGAGUUCGGUCUAUUAAUUGUUUCAUGUUAGAUAUUCUAUGUGUUUACCUCAAUUGAAAAAAAAAAAGAAUGUUUUUGCUAGUAUCAGAUCUGCUGUGGAAUUGGUAUUGUAUGUCCAUGAAUUCUUCUUUUCUCAGCACGUGUUCCUCACUAGAAGAAAAUGCUGUUACCUUUAAGCUUUGUCAAAUUUACAUUAAAAUACUUGUAUGAGGACUGUGACGUUAUGUUAAAAAAAAAGGUGUUAAGUCACAAAAUGCGGUAAUAAAUAUUUCAUUUUUGA